AUCUGCAUGAGAAUAACAGGCAUGACAUGAAAUGGGCGCUGCGUCAUGUUUCAACAUUUAUUAACUUGUGCAAGGCAGGAGGACACGUCGUCGAAAGCAACAUCUCAAACAGUACAAGAAAAAAAGUUGUAAUAAUUAAGUAGAGAGCACAGGAAGGCCAAAGAAACUAUCAUGUAUGCUUGAUUUUUGCAUUUUAGGCUUGUUUAUUAACUACUAGACAGGAUUAAAAAGGAAGCAUUUGAAACAUUUUUUUUUCGAAAAAAAUCAUAUUUCACUGCAAAUAUUGACGUACUUGGGGAAAAGUCUUAAUUCUGCAUUUCCAGUAUUAAACAACGUUUGUGUCGCUAUUUGACUAGCUCCACUUUGGAUCGGGACAAUUUCCCAACGUCACUUCCAGCCGGAAUGCGAUUGGCUAAGAUAGAAAGGACGACAAGUGAUUCUCACUCUAAUAGGCUAGGACCUCUGUCAUUCGCUUGAAGUCCCGCCUACCUCGUUCGUCUCAGUUCCACUUAUUCCUUCGAUCACUGGGUAAAAGGUCAAGUGUUGAAAAACAUGGCCGCAUUUGUGUUGGGCAGGAUUUCAAAGUUUAAAAGCAAUGCCACAUUGUCACAGGCAUCUGCGCUUUGCCAGCGGGCGUUUAGCAAUGGGACAAACCCUCUGUGCCGGAGCGCCCCACCCCAGGCUGCUUUCUUCCCCGCGAACGAAGGUCUCAUGUUGCCCCCCGGUGCCUUCGCAGACAAAGUGGCCUUCAUCACCGGAGGGGGGACGGGCCUGGGCAGGGCGAUGACCACCACGCUCUCUGCGCUGGGGGCUCGGUGUGUCAUCGCCAGCAGAAAGCUGGAUGUUCUCAAGCAGACCGCUGAGGAAUUGUCAAAGCAGACCGGGAAUAAGGUUCAUGCUGUGCAGUGUGACGUGAGGGAUCCGGCUGCGGUGGAGGCUGCGGUGACGGAACUGGUCAACGUGGCGGGUCUUCCUGAUGUUGUGAUAAACAACGCUGCCGGAAACUUCAUCUCGCCCUCCGAGAAGCUCUCGGCCAACGCCUGGAGAACAAUAACGGACAUCGUUCUGAAUGGCACGGCGUAUGUAACCCUGGAGAUCGGGAAGCGGCUGAUAAAAGCAGAGAAAGGAGCUGCGUUCUUGGCCAUCACCACCAUAUACGCAGAGAGCGGCUCCGGGUUUGUGGUGCCCAGUGCGGCCGCCAAAUCUGGAGUGGAGACCCUCUGCAAGUCUUUGGCAGCUGAGUGGGGGCACUAUGGCAUGCGGUUCAACGUGAUUGCGCCGGGACCCAUAAAGACCAAGGGUGCCUUCAGCCGUCUUGACCCAAUGGGGAUGUUCGAGAAGUCGAUGGUCGAACGGAUCCCAGUGGGCCGCCUGGGAACCCCCCCGGAGAUCGCCAACCUGGCCGCGUACCUUUGCAGCGACUACGCCUCCUGGGUGUCGGGAGCGGUGAUAACAAUGGACGGCGGUGAGUACGUGUCCAUGGCUGGGGAGUUCAAUCACCUCAAGAAGGUGACCCCAGAGCAGUGGACCAUGUUUGAGUCUAUGAUCCGGCAGACCAAGGGGUCGUAGGGGUGCCUCCUUCCCAUCUUCCUGUCUCAUACGGCAGCGGAGAGGGGUUCCACCAGCGCUACCCAGCAGUGCCUUGCUCAUCGUGGCCAUACCACUGGAACCCAAGUUUUGCUGGACUUUGAUCAACUAAACUCACAGAGCUCACUUGAGAAUAGGCGGUUUAAUUGUGACUGCAGUUAUAACAUAGAAAAUCACAACUUGAAAGUUCAUUAGUACUUACCGCUUUGAAGGUUUGUGUCACACAUUGAAACCUUUGUCAAAUAAAAUUUUUGUAAUUGUC